AUGGACGACGCAGGGACGGAAACACCGACAAAUCCACCCCAAUUGCCACCACCACAACCAUCGCCAGAACUUGGAGCCUUACCUAGAACUCCCCUGAACGAGCACGGAUUGAGCUUGGAUCGCGACCUAGAGGCCGAGAUUAAAAAUGGUGGUACACAUAAUCAAGGGCAGUUGCCCGGGGACUCUGAAGAGCCCAGGGUGCAAGAGGGCCCUGGCCAGGAGCACGCUGGCUUGAAGGACGGGCAAGCAUGGGAUCAAAUAAUGGUCGAUGCUGUACCUACCACUGACGCAAUUGCGACCGCCGCCAUCGUCACUGAACAAGCUCAAACCGAGCCGGCGCACGCUGCCAUUGUUGUCGACCCAGAAAUCUCGACCCCUGAGGCGCAGAAUCAUGGUAGCAGCAUUGGCCAAUCCUCAAUUCAAAGGCAACCGCGUCAAAGCCAGACCAGCGUGGCUCCUGACAGUAAUUCCGUCCUAGCGGUUACCGCACCGCAGUAUACUUUUCUAGAGAGUCGCCAGGCGGCUACUCCUCAGCAUCUUGGUCAACCACCCCCUAUUCCACCGCCUUCACCAAAUUAUGGGCUUCCAGCGCAUCCAGAAUUCAUCCAGCCACGUAGUAACCACGGCCACCCGAUGUCACUUCCUCCCUGCCCUCCAUCGGGCGCGCCGCCGAUCCAACAACAGCAACAGCCGACUCUUCAAAACAUAAUAUGCCACUUUCCCAGUCCUAUCCAAUCGAGCCCUGCAGCACCGGGGUUAAGCAAUGACGGUGCAAGUCAUUUUAAGAAUAUGAAACUCAUUCCUGAGCCGCCAGAUCUACAGCGUUGGAGAGAAAGACUGUUCAAUGUUGAGGGUACUAUCGUCCUGAGUGAGGAGGAAUUUCAGACCUAUUUUCCACAUGUCGACAACGUCUACUCCCACCGCUCUACUCAGCGCUACAAACGCAAACCUUUUAUAUCCCAUUACUGGGACUGUCGACUGAAAGGUCGCCCGCCGGGAACCCCCAAAUCUGCCGACCCAAACAAAAAGAAGCGCAAACGUAUCGCGCGCGAGAGGAAUCUAUGCGACGUUAAAAUAAAAAUCACAGAGUACUUCCCGGGAGCUAUGACCAUGGCCCCGGAUCUGGACAUGGGGAUCUCGGCGCUCGCCGGCGCUGUUGACUCAUUACCUGCAACGUCCGGAGUCAAUGCGCCGACGGCUUCCCAACCGUUUGGCGUGUUGGCACCGAGUACGAUGCUACCCGAGGGCCAUCCGGGCGCAACAGGAGCGAGAUAUUACACAAUUCAACGAGUAAAUGGGAACGGGGCCAAUGGCAGGUCCGUCACGGCCGGUGGAUCGCAUAGACAUACUCUGGAAGAAAGCGAUCGGAUCAAGAAGAACAGUGUGCAGCGGUUUCUGAUAAAGGACGAGAAGGAAAAGAAAAAGGCCAUCAGCCAACAGCUCAAAACGUACCACAAAAAGGCGUCCGGCUACGCUUGGCUAACGGUGAACAAACAUAAACGAGAGAGCGAUCUCAAGCUUUACGCCAGUUGCUUUUGCCCUUUCGUCCAGCGGGUUUGGAUUGCACUUGAAGUUAAGGGAAUACCGUAUCAAUACAUCGAAGUUGACCCCUAUAGAAAGCCGGAUUCGCUGUUGGAGGUCAAUCCGCGGGGGUUAGUUCCGGCUAUACGUCACGGCAACUGGGCUUGUCACGAAAGUACCGUUUUGUUGGAAUAUCUCGACGAUCUCGAUGCCGGGAAUCCUCUCUUGCCUCCCGGAAAACCACAACUUCGGGCGCAUUGCCGAUUGUGGGCAGACCAUGUAAACCGGCAUAUCAUACCCUGUUUCUAUCGUCUUCUCCAAGAGCAAGAUUUCCAGAAACAGAUCGAGUAUACGGAAGAGUUAAAGGACGAUAUUAGCAAACUCGUCAACGCGUCCCAUGUAACGGGACCGUUCUUCCUUGGGCCAGACAUCUCCUUUGUCGACAUUCAAUUUGCACCCUGGAUGCUUAGGCUGAGUCGCGUAUUAAAGCCAUAUCGUGGGUGGCCAGAUCCAGAGAAAGGCAGUCGCUGGGCUGCGUGGGUGGAUGCCAUAGAAGCCAAUGACCAGAUCAUGGCCACAACGAGUUCAGAUGAACUAUACUUGGAUAGCUAUCAGAGAUAUGCCGAAAAUCGACCCGACACAUCGAUGCUGGCGAACGCCAUUAAUUCCGGAAGACCUCUGCCGUAAAAUUUAGCGCAAUUCUGGUGUUGUUUUCAUUUUUGGUUUAUCUUGGAAUAGGUUCGGUGGUGGUAACGGCGUUGGGAACGGUUCCGUGAUUUUCAGUCAUGACAGUUCGACUGGCCAGUCCUUUUUCCUUCCUUCUACCAAUAUCCAUAGCGUUCAGAAAUAAUGAUAAUAAUCGGUGUGAAAAAA